AAAAAAAAAAAAAAAGAAAAAAACAAACAAACAAACAGAGGAUAGCGAAGUUCUCAACUCAUUAAGAGUAUCAAGCAAAAGGAAUACCACAUCAAUUGCAAUCGCAGCACAGCAAAUACGGUACUUUCUUGUUUGUGAUCAACAAAUUUCAUCUAGGCAUGGUGGGUUUUGUUGAAAUUCACAAAAUUUGCCACUCAAUUCAAUCUAGAAAUCUACAAACCCUAACCCCAACCCCAUAUUUCGCAUUGUAUAGAUAUUGUCAUUUUGAACCAAACCCAAAUUCUAGUCUUUCCAACCCAUCUCUAUCUUCAUAUUUCACUCAAGGGACUACAGAAAAUGCAGGGGAACAGAGGAGGCAGGGGUCCUUUUUUUUAUCAAAUUGAGAAAGAUUUCGUAAAAUUUCAUCUGGGCAUGGUGGGUUUUGUUGAAAUUUGUAAAAUUUUCCACUCAAUUCAAUCUAGAAAACUACAAACCCUAACCCCAUAUUUCGCAUUGUAUAGAUACUGUCAUUUUGAACCAAACCCAAAUUUUAAUCUUUCCAAUCCAGCUGUGUCUUUGGGGCAAAAAAUCCCCCAAAAUAAUGUUGCAAUUUUCUGGGAUUUGGAUAACAAGCCACCAAAAUCAUUUCCUCCUUAUGAAGCUGCCAUCCGGCUAAAAAGGGCAGUGGCAGAGUUCGGCGCAGUUCGAUACACGGGGGCUUAUGCGAAUCGCCACGCAUUUAGUUAUGUUCCUCCAGAAGUCAGGGAGAAAAGGAAAGAUAGGAAGGCAUUGAAUCAAUUGGAAAAUAAGGGUAUUAUUAAGCGGGUUGAACCCUAUGUUUGUCGAGUUUGUGGGAGGAAUUUUUAUACCAAUGACAAGCUUGUCAAUCAUUUUAAGCAAAUUCAUGAGCGUGAACAGAUGAAAAGGUUGAAUCAGAUUGAGUCGGCAAGGGGGAAGAGGAGGGUGAAUUUGGUAGCAAAGUUUUCAAUGAAGAUGGAGAAGUAUAAGAAUGCUUCAAGGGAUGUUUUGACUCCUAAAGUUGGGUAUGGAUUGGUGGAUGAGUUGAAACAGGCUGGUUUUUGGGUUAGGACCGUGUCGGAUAGGCCACAAGCUGCAGACAUUGCAUUGAGGAAUCAUAUGGUGGAUAUGAUGGACAGAAGGCAAGUUGAGUGUGUAGUCCUUGUGUCGGAUGAUUCGGAUUUUGUGGAGGUUUUGAAGGAGGCAAGAUUGAGAUGUUUCAAUACGGUUGUUGUGGGUGAUAGCAAUGAUGGGGCACUUAAGAGAACCGCGGAUGCUGCAUUCUCGUGGCAGGAAAUUAUGAUGGGAAAGGCGAAGAAGGAGGCUGUAUCAGUUGUGGGGCGGUGGAAGGAUCGUGAUGUUUUGAAGAGAUUGGAGUGGACUUACGACCCAGAAAGGGAUAGAAAAUUGUAUGGUUUGGAUGAUGAGUUUGAUGUGGAGAGCUGGGAUUCAGAAAUUGAAGGCUCCUCUUCCGGGGAAGAUGAUAACUGUUUGCAGAAGGAAGACAAGAACAUGUGGUGGGCACUGGAAUCUAAUGCUGAUGUCAAAUCAUUAUAAUCAUUACUUUCUCUUGGUUAGCAUCACCUCAGAUAUUGUUUUAAAGAAAUGGAAGGCUUGCAUAAUAUCUUACAGUGGCUAGUAGUUGUGGUGGGCUAGGAUAAAUCAAUCCUGAGAUGACUAUGAGGCUCCCUGUUGCUUAUAAGAGGUGGGGGGUCAAGGCGUCUUCUCAGAUUGCAUUUCUUUUAUUGGUGAUGGUGCCUGAGGCUGUGGAUUCCAAGAAGGCUAGAACAGCUACGGUUUUUAUUUGUUCCCUUUGUUCCAAGGUGAUGAUGGCCUUUCCCCUCCUCCGGCAGAUAAAGCAGUUGAUCCUGAUUUUCUUCUAGAAAGCGACCACUGAAUUCAGACUUUGCAGGGGAGGGAAAAGAACCCGUAAUUCAAUUCUUCCCAUUCGUAGGCUCUAAGUCUUCAAGGUUUCAGAGUUCGAUUCUUUAUGAAUGCUAAAAAAUUAAUUAACAUUGGCAUGACUUGUUGAGUGUCACUUUUCGUUGACCCAAUGAAAUUUAAGAGUGUACAAACAAUUAUGUAAAAUACAUGGAGAAAAGGAAAAAGGAAAAGAAAAAGAAAAGUUCUUUUGAGAGUAUUAUAUGUACAACAGGAUGGCCCAUCAAAAGGGAAAUCUCAUGGCAUGCCUUCUAACUCCAAGUUAAAUUAUGUACAAGGAUAUUCCUUUUACAGUGUUUAUAACCAUUAUCUGUUUAGUGAA